GCUAUAUAUAUAAUCGUCACCUAACCUUCCUCCUGCGUGGACUAAUUCUUUCUUCUGUUUAUCGAUGCUUUUGGUCGCGCAACCGGGCUGACAUACCUUGUAGCUUUACACGAUCCUGCUUCGGUCUUAGAUCUUCUGGACGACUCAGAAGUCAUUUGCGGAUUCUGAGGGGUCACCAUCCACACUGUUAGCUCUUUCUAGUUCUCGAUCCGAUACCUUAAUUUGGACACCGUCCUUGCGCUUUCAUUGUGUUGCAUCGCCGGCCAUUCAGCCGAAGGAAGUUGUUCAUCCGCAAAUCAUGAGCUCCAACAGCAUCAAGUCCAGUACUGCAGCUAAAGCCAGUCAAGGUGCAUUUGCAGGGGUUGCACCAAGUAAUCAAUCCAUCCUGCUUGAGAAACUGAGCGCCCGAAGGUCUACGCCCGACUCGGAGGCUCUCGCAAGCUCUGACGACGAACCCGACCCUCAUCGUCAAGAGGCGCCUCCGCCCCUUGCGCAGCCUCACAGGCCUGUACGUCGCGCCUCCUGGUUGAAUGAUACUUCGCAAGCCGCCCUGCCACACCCGAGAAAAGGUUCCUUUGCGAGUAGCUCCAUGUCACCCACUGCUUCACACCCGAGUACACCGUCGGCGGAAUCAGGUGCGGCCACUUGGGGCUCGCAUGCGACUUCGUCCGGACCAAUGGGACGUGGACAUCAAGGGCCGCCGUCCUUCCCGUGGGGGACCGGCAUCUGGAAUACAGAACGCAAGGAGCCACCGUCUCGCCUGACCGAGGUGCUACCUUCUCCCACUUCUACCAUCCCCGGCAAUGCGGGAUUCUUUGGCGGAGAAAAUCCGUUAACGCAAACCUCCCCGACUCCAAGAGACCAAAGCUCCAACUCGCAAAUUCCCUUCGCCAUUCCUCUACACCCGACACCGAAGACAUAUCGUUCUCAGUCCUAUUCCGUGGGCCAACUCGACCCGGAUACUGCCGCUCCUACCUUACCUUCCUCUUCGAUGUUGCCGGGCAGGUCACGUCCUCUAGGACAUCCGGGACUACAGCAUAGACCCUCGCGACCUAGUAUGCUUAGUGAAAUGUCUAACGAAGGCGCAAUGCUUGGGAAGGUGAAAGAAGUCGAGGACGAUGACGACGGAAGCGCGAGCGACUCGGCCCAGGGGCCCCAUCAGCAGCAAAGUGCUGAAGCGAAAACCAUCGAAAUGCUCACUCGCGAGAACGCUAUGCUAAGGCAGCAGCAGCAGUACCACAGCUCUCGGCUCAGACCGCGCGCAUCAACCGCUGCCGCGUACGGACUCGGCAACGGGUACGGUGUACGUGGGCCGGUACCCGAAGAGUCCGAUUUCGCGAUUGAUGAAUUGGACGAACCAGGCGAGGGCCAAGACGGCAUCUCAAAGCGAGGUUUAGCUAGGCGCAUGAGCGAGUAUGCCUCCGGAUCUUUCCGUUCUCCCUAUCCGCUGGAAAAUAGGAAGCUCGAAAACGUCAAGAAGGCCUAUUGGCAGAGUUCACUAGGUUUUGGCGGUCUCUCCGAUAUCCCGCAGAGCCGUAGGCAUUCGUUCGCCGAUAUACCCACGCGACAGGCAUCGAUCGGCUCUAUUGGAGAGGCAGUCUCUCUUCACGAUGUAACCUCUCCAGACGUACCUCAGCCUCAGGACUUCGGUGGAUUCUCCGAAGGCGCUGGUUUUGGCACCACCAGUCCCGUCUCUUACUAUCCUGGCGGCACCCCCAGUGCGCACCAAGCCAUCGCUUCCUCGGCGUACGGAAACCCUUACCAGACGGCUUACGGGCUUCCUUCGAGUUAUGGCAAUCGUGCGCCUUCGCCACAUAGGAACAUGUACGGCAUGAGCCAGCCGAGACACAACCAACUCCUACACAUCGUCCUUUUCAAAUGUUCCAGGGCAGACGUAUUUUACAUCCAGGAGGGCACUGGCCUCACCGUCAAGCCGGGUGACCUUGUCAUAGUUGAGGCAGACCGAGGGACAGACCUUGGGACCGUAGCUCGCGACAACGUGGAUUGGCAAACCGCCAAAGAGCUAAAGGAGCACUAUGCUGAGGAGCACUACAAGUGGCUGAUGAUGUACUCACAAAACGCAGCAGCCGCUCAGGAAGGGACCGGAGCGGGCUUGAUGGCCGCAUCCAAUGGCUUGCAGGGCAGUGCGAUUGGCGGAAUGGGCCCGCCCAGCCAGCAUCAUAUGCAAGAGCCAAAUGCGGGCGAGCUGAAACCGAAACUAAUAAAGCGCCUUGCGCAGAACCACGAGAUCCACGGCCUCCGAGACAAGGAAGGAAACGAAGCAAAGGCGAAACGCAUGUGUAUGCAGAAGGUGAAAGAGCAUGGCCUGAACAUGGAAAUCCUCGACGCCGAGUUCCAGAUGGACUGGAAGAAACUCACAUUCUAUUACUUUGCCGAUUCGUACAUCAAUUUCAACUCUCUCGUCACUGAUCUUUUCAAGAUCUACAAGACGAGAAUUUGGAUGUCCGCCAUCAACCCCGCCUCGUUCGCCAGUCCAACCCUCGGCCUACAGGCUCCCAGCGGCAUCGGCCCGGGCGCCGUCGGCUUAGGAAGAGGAAGUGGAUCGAACAACACAGAGCGGAGAGCCAAUCCACCCCAGGAAGCCCAAAGUGUCUUUCCCGGUGGAGGCGCGUCCGGUCGAUCCUUUCAACCUACUUUCAGCCAGCCGUUCGGCGGGGCAGAGCGCCCAUCGGUCGCCGGCUCCGCAUAUCCUGCGUCCGGGUUUCCCUACUCUGCCUACGGUGCAUUCAACAGUGCUCCAAGGUCUGGCGCAGUGUCUUACGUCCCGGGUGUGAUCCAGGGGAUGGAUGCGUAUCCCGGGGGGUUCCCUCAGGCCGGAGAAUUCCCUCCCAGCAUGAGGGCACGCUUCCCCAGCCCCCAUACGGCACCUUCUCCACAUGAUACGGCUGUACCCAACAUGGCAGGGCAGAACGAAUGGGUCGGGGCAUUCCAGGGGUUAUCUCUGAAUUCUCGCUGAACUUCUCCGAUCCUUGGGGACGUCCCCAGCACAUGUUCGAUUCUCGUACUAUAUU